GUAGGGCCGGCCAUGCCUUCCCGAUGGCUUCGCCAUCCUAGGAAACACAAAUUCGCUAACGGUAGAGAUGGCGACCAGGAUGUCAUGUGCUAACGUUACCUAGCCAAAGCGACGUUUUUUUAAAUUAUCAAUCGGAUGAAGAGUUCAGCAUAUUGAUUUCACACAAUAACCAGACACUAUGGAGGAACCGUGGGAUUUUGAGUUUUUGUCCCGCAUCGCUGACAGCUGCUUGUCGUUCCUAUCCGAAUUUGUUGACGACUGGCUCGCCAACGAUAUGAGAGUCUCCAUAUUCAAAAUCUUACUCAGCUGGUUAAUUUUUAGUCUUAUCGCAAUUCACUUUGCAUGGAAAGUAUACGGGAAUACAGUCAACGAUAUGUAUUAUCGACAAGGGACUGGACAGAACGGAGGCACACCUGAUACAGCGCCUCACCUGAGUGGAUGGGAAAGUAAAGCAGGAGAUCCCCCCAAAACUCAUCGAGAUUAACAGGACAAUGGUGUUGGAUUUUGGACUUAAUCCAAGUGAGAGCUGGACUCCUGUGUUUUGCUUAUCAUAAAGCAUCUUCAGUGCAUUCAAGAUGCAUGGCACCUUCUGGUGACUGCCCAGAGAAACAUCUGUUAUGCAUACCAACAGUGUCAUACUGAUAUCCACUAAAUCAACUAGUGAUGGGAGAUAUUUAUUUUGGCUUGUCAACAUUUGUCAUUGAGCAGAACUUUACUCCACAUACAUACUAAUUUUUGCUUUGGUCCCCCUUUUCCCCCCAAGAGGCUUCAGUACAAAUGUGACAAAUAUUGAUGGGUUUGUGUGUAAAUGAAGGUUGCUUAAGAACACUGUGAUGAUAGCAGAUAUAAAAAAUGUUCUAUUCUGACCAUGAGCAAAAUAAUUGGACUUGAUUUGAAUGAUGAAAGGAACGAUAGAAAGUAUUUUUCAAGUCUUUUUAAAUACAGAUCCAUGAAAAUCAGAUUGAUUGAUUUUGAUUUGUGUGUGCAAUUUUAACCACUGUUUUUCCAUAACAUAUAAGGAGCAUUAUUUGCACUUAAUGAGUGAUACAGAGUGCCUGUCUAGAGUAUUCAUCCCCCAUUUGACUUUGUCCUGUUUCAACAUUGACUCACAGCAAUCUCUUGUGUCAAAGUCAAAACAAAUCUUUACAACAAAUGAAAAUUAGGUUCAAUUAUAAAAUACAAAAUAAUUCAUGAAACAAACGUUCACCCUGUUAAUGACACACCUCAUAUGCACACUUUGAAUGAAAACCACCUUCAUGUCAAGGUGUGACAGAUCAUUUUAUAUUAUGUAUCUGAAAGGACCAUCAGCUGGUUAAUCAA